CACUUACGCGCGGCAGGGUCGCGGCUGUGGCGGACGGAAGCAGCUGGGGCCGUGGCGGGCGGGAGGUGCAGCCAUGCCUCGGUAUUACGAGGACAAGCCGGAGGGCGGCGCAUGCGCGGGCGUGAAGGAGGACCUGGGCACUUGUCUGUUGCAGUCCGACUGUGUGCUCCAGGAAGGAAAAUCCCCUCGGCAAUGUCUAAAGGAAGGAAACUGCAAAGCUUUGAAAUACUCAUUUUUUGAAUGUAAAAGAUCAAUGUUGGAUGCCAGAUCAAGAUUCAGAGGAAGAAAAGGAUAUUGAUAAGUGUUAUGUUGGAAGCAAGAUGUAUACAACAAAGGAUUUCCUCUAGUCAUUAAAACAGAAACGAGAACAGGAAACAUACUUUUCUCUUACACCUGUUUGGUCGGACCAUGGAACCCGGGAGAGAAUGGAUGAGUUCUGUUUUUGAAUAUGUAUAAAUGAUUUUCUUGCUCUAAAUUAUUUUUAGAAGAAAAUUUUAAUUGACUAGUUAUGAGUGGGGAGCAUAAUGUGUUUUAAUAAUUGUUCUAAAGCACAAAGAUUGUUAUUUUCAAACAUGACUCCUUAACCAAAUGACACUGUACAUCUUUUAUGAAUAUUCUGAAAACCACUGAUGGGACUGUUAAAAUCCAUAACAUGGAGCUUGGGGAGAAAAAGUCUAUUGGGAAAGUUUAGAAUAAAACUUGCUUGUGUCCAGUUUGUCCUAUUUAGUUUUAAAUAAACUGUGUUUGAUUA